AUGGCAUGUCUGAAUGCCUGUUCGGUGGACCAUUUUGCGUUAGUGGUUGUGGAUACCGAGUGGUUGCUUGGACAGCUUUCGAUUGUCGCUUUUAGUGUUCCGGUUUUUUCGGAUGGUGAGUCAUCCUGGGAAUGGAUAUAUCUGAAUCCGACUUUGCUGAAAAUGAGUCUGAAGGGGAGCGGCGAAUAUAUCCGAAUCCGUUUAGACGGGUUAACCUUGGCUGAGGUAUUCGAAGGUCAUAAUGCACAAUGCGUUUUACACGUUGAGUGCAGAGAUGAAAUUGGGAGCAAGAAAGGUUAUCAAUGCAAUACAUUUCUUAGCCGGAAUUAA